GCAACACCAUCAAAAAUAAAUACUUUAGAAUUAUUUAAACUGAAUUUCAUUUUAAUGUCUUCAGACACUUAAUGCAAGAAGUUUUAAUAUUUGCUUGUGAUUUAAUAAUUGUUUGAUGGAGAUUUCGUACAAGUGUUUUGGUAUCGCACAUAAAUACAUUACUAAUGCAAUUGCGUUAAUUUAAGAUUCAUAGCUGCGACCGGAACAUAUCUAAGAAAUGAUGAUAACAGAAAGACAACGACUCAGUUCCAUGGUGAUUGUAAUGCUGUUAUAUAUAAUGUAUGUAUUUGGGCAAGACAAAAACUGCGUUAUUGAAGAGUCUUUAAUUGUGUGCGAGACCAGACUGCCACAGGUUGUACCAGAUAAUGUCACCAAAGUUAUAAUAAAUGAUUUCGUUCACGGGAAGAUCGACAAUGAAACAUUUCGCCAUAGCAGCUGGGGGUCUGUAAGUUUCCUGGAUAUAACAGUAAACCUCUACAAGAACUUUCUUCUGUAUGAUUUUAACUUCUUUCUCCUGGGGAAUUUAAAGGCACUAGGAAUACAUUCACCUGGCUUAACACUAGGUGUAGAUAAACAGAUUUUAUACGGGCUACCAAAGCUGGAGCUUCUGAAUCUAUCAUCAUGCUAUCAACUUCAGACACACGAUCUAAUCAACCUUUUGAAUAAGAACAUAGGUUUAGAUACAUUAAUUCUCGACCAGACCUCCAUGUUUGAUAAUCGCCGAUUACUUAUGGACAAUGCGUUCUUUGUAUUGAUAUGUGAAACCAAAAUAAGAAAGUUAAGCUUAAGUGGAUGCAAUUUAUUAAUUCAAGGACCCUUAAAUUUCAGUAAUAUAUCGUUUACUUGGAAUAAUGUAAACGUUUCAAAUACCACUAUAACUCGGAAAAAUCUUGAUCUUUCAGAUCUUAUACAACUUACGAAGCUUUUUGCAAAUGUAAAAACAUUAGAUAUGUCGUAUAUUAGUGAUAGAUUUUGGAAUGUAAAUUAUACCAAUGGGAUAGGGUUCUUAGGGUGCAGCGAUCUGUUUUAUAACCUGGAAUAUCUUACCCUUAAUCACAUAUCUUCGAGAAAUAUAAUUAUUAGCAAUUCCUUUGUCGACCUUUCAAAAUGUAAAAUGCGUCUAAAAAGUUUCCAUAUGAAGUCGAAUAAUAUUCACAUUUUAAAUAGAACAACAAUAUGGCAAAACAACACUCGUUUAUUUGAACUCGAUCUAUCUUUUAAUAACAUGGAGUAUUUGUCACCAAGUACUUUUGGAACAGUUUUCACUUUGAAAACCCUUCUUUUGGCUCAUAAUCAUCUCUACCGCAUGGCGCCCUAUAAAGAAUUCAAAGAACUCUUUGUUACAUUCGAAAUUUUACAAUAUCUAGAUUUAUCAUAUAACAACCUGGACUGGCUGCCAUAUGAAAUGUUUGUUAGUAACAAUGAUCUCACAAUUCUACAUCUAUCACAUAACAAAUUGUCUUCAGUAAAUUUCAAAAUUGAGCAUCUAGUAAAGUUGCAAUUUCUAAAUUUAGACAGUAAUAGGAUACUCUAUAUUGACAGCGUUGCACUUGCCAAACUGAUCAGGUUGUCAAUGAAACUUUCAAAAUCUGCAAGAAUAAGUUUCUAUGACAACCCUUUGCUAUGUUGCUGCAAAUCAGAAGAAUUCAUUACAUGGCUCGUAUCAUCAGUUAACUCGAAAUUAUUAAAACAAUAUGAAUGUUCACUUGAUGGUAAUCAUGUUUCCAUCAACAUACAUGCUCUCAGUAGAAUACAAUUUUUGUGUAUUCGUUCCAAAAUAAUCAUAGGGUCAGUUAUAUCAGGUAUUGGAAUUGUCAGUAUUGCAUCUCUGGUAACUUCCGGUCUUGUGUAUAGAAAGCGACAGAGAAGGCGGAAACGAAUGCAAUAUAAUUUCAUCGAGGAAUUCAAAGAUGGAAAUCUGCAUGAAAAGUUUCUGUGUUUUUUGUCAUUCUCGAGCGAGGACGAAGGGAACAGUAUAAAUGAAAUUCGCAGAAAUCUUGGAGGAAGAUUAAAGGAAUUAAUUAUGACAGAGAAAGAAGUUAUGUGUAUAGGUGACAGUAAUUUUAACCCUGGGUUUCCGAUCGUCGAUGAAAUACUACGGUGCAUAUCAGAGAGUUGCGUCGUCGCCUUCAUUGUUUCAAACAGUUUCUGUGAAAGCCAUUGGUGCCAAAUGGAACUUCGAGAAGCGUAUGAGCUUAACAAACCAAUUAUAUUUAUUUGCAAAGAUGAUAUAGACUUGACGAAAAUGGCACCGUUGAUGUUGACUAUAUUCAGAAAUUUUGCCAGAGCGAAAAUUGUUGUUAAGGCUGAUGGGCAAAUUGACAUUAUACCAAGUUAUGAACACAUUUCGGAAUCCAUUAUGCAGAUGGCCGUGGCUCGGUACGAAAACCAGCUUCACAUACACAGUUAGCACUUUUGGUAGUGUGACGUUAAAUUCAACAAAAACACAAAAACGUGAAUGACAGAAAACAUUCUUUUUAAUAUACAUAGUAAACUUCAGAUAACUUUACUUCCAUGUGUUGUAUAUAUGUUUUGUUAUAUAUUGUCUAUUUGAAACUCUUAAAAACUUGCGUGCGUUAUAGUAUUUCUGUUAGAUAUUUGUUUCAUUUUGACGGCAAAUUUCAUUUUUAAAACAUUAACUCGGGACAUUUUGAUUUAAAUGCAAUUAGGUUAAAUUGAGCGCGUUAGUUAUACCUCAUAAAUGCGUCACACACAGUGUCACUAGGGUACUUUUAUAAUAAAUUCAACUCAAUAUACUGUUACAACACUAAAUAAAGUGAAACAUAAUUAUUGUGCCGAUGAGGUAUA